AUGUAUGGAACGGCUGAUGAGCCUGGAAUCAUUCCACGAAUUGCAGAAGAUUUAUUUGCUCGCAUUGAUGCCGGAAGGGGGGGGAACGUUUCGACAACGGUUCAUUUCACCUACUACGAAAUCUAUAACGAAAAAAUCAAUGAUCUUUUGCAGAAUAGAAGGACCCCGCCCCAAUUGACUGUUCGCGAACAUCCGGUGACGGGGCCCUUUGUGGAAGGCCUCAUUCAACCUCUGAUUCACUCCUCAGAAGAAAUGUUCUCCUGGCUUCGACAAGGCGAUGCUCGUCGUAGUGUAGCAUCAACUGAAAUGAAUGCUCGCAGCUCUCGGUCGCAUACUGUUGCCUGUUUCAUCAUUCGACGUGAAUUGGUGAAACUUACGGAGGAGGGCACUAUAGAGAAGGUUUACACAAGCAAGCUGACCUUAGUCGAUUUGGCAGGCAGCGAACGUCAGUCCUCCGCUAACGGUAUGAGCGAACGAUUGAUGGAGACGUGCCAGAUAAACAAGUCCCUAUUCGUUCUGGGAAGGGUCAUAUCCCAGCUGAGUGGUGACACGCAAUCGAAAAUUUUUCGCUCAACCGAACGUCUAGAGCGUAAGCGGCCCAAGUUGGAGUUUGAAGAGUCCUCCCAGCUUCUUACGCCUCAAACAUUGGCGAAACACAAAGCAAAUGCAUUCGUGUCCUAUCGCGACUCCCUACUUACUUGGAUACUAAAGGACAGUCUUGGUGGCAAUUCGGUCACAACUAUGCUUGCGACGGUGUCCCCAUCUUCGCUCCACGUUGACGAUACUCUUUCAACUUUGCGCUAUGCUAAGCGCGCCCAGUGCAUCAUCAACAAGGCUGUGGUCAAUGAAGACAUUGAAAGACGUAUUAUUCGAGAACUGAUGUUGGAAGUUGAAAAACUCCGGAGACGUCUCAAUGAAUCUAAACAGCCUAACAGUCCUCCGACUUGUCAAGUUCGCGCUCUCAAACGUUUGCUCCCGUCGAGAGAGGAGGAGGUCGCUCAUCUUACUGAUGAAUUGACCAAGCGUACUACGGUCUGCGCACGACUUCAGCCUUCGUUGGUUCCUUUAUCCUCUGUGGAUGCUACACCUCAGUGCCUUCAUGCUUAUGCUCUCAACACAAAUGAAUCAUGCGGUGUACCAAUGAGGCAUAUAAAAUCUAAUCUGUGUCCUGAUCGUCGUGUAGCACCCGAUGGUGCAGAAAAAAGUGAAUUUGACAUACAAGCAGGCCGUUCUCACUGCGAGGGCAACUUUAAUUCGCCUAAAAAUCUAACUAAAGAGCUCCUCGCCGCUGUCAACGAAACCGUUGGUCCGAGUGAGAUUACACUGAAGAAAGACGCGUCCACUAAUACGAAAGAGGGCAUGGUUGUUAUUCCUCUAACCAAUCUAGACAAAAUGCAUUCCGAUUUGCGAACCUUAACGAAGACUCUGUCUGCUUACCAAAGUGUGCAAAGGGUAGACGCGUCUUUUGACGUUUAUGAAGAGGAUUUUGGUCUCAGUGUUGUGUCGACUAGAGAAUUAUCCCUUAUGAAGGAAGCAAUCAAACGGAAACUUGAGGCUAAGUGUGAGGCUGGAACCACCACUGAUGAACUAGUGAAGUACAACUUAUCGGCAUCCGACGAUCGUAGUUAUCGGGCCCAUCCUCGAACUUCAGUCGAUCAGGCUGGUGAAGAAAUGGAGACCCGUUGUCCGUUUACUGCGAGUGCAGCGUGUGUCGACUCGACUACUUCGACAGACGACUAUGAACUCGGAGUGACCUACUUGUCGUUAAAUUUAUUCAAUGAACUUUACGAAAGGCAACAUCAACUUCGAGUGAAAUUGAGUUCCCAAAUACCCAGACCAAAAUCAGAUGCAAGUGUUGCAACCGAUCUCGCUGUCAUAGUUCUUCCCACAAAGGACUUCGAAAAAUUACAAUGCCAAAUUGAGCAGUUGACAGCGAGGCUUGUCAAGUACGAAAGUGUUGGGGAUACUGAGGAAAAGCACAUCCAUGACGAUGAUGUGGUUAUUGAAAAUCGUGCUUUGGAUCGAUUAACUAAAGAUAUGAAUGAGUUUGGCUACAAGAUUCAUAGGAAUGGAAGCUCUGGUCCUAGGGAUACCUCGACUAGUCCAGCUUGUUUGGCUUCUGCUGGGGGUUCUCCGCCAAAGCGCUCGUCCAUGAAGGCCAUUGCCAAGGAUUAUGUUCACAGUCGGGUGGAUUUUUUUGAGAAGCUCAAUCGGAAUCAAAUGGUUUACGGUGAAUGUCAUGCACGAUCUCCGAAGGGGGAGUCACUCACAUGCAGGCCUGCCACUUGGGACGAUGCGUUAGAAUACUUAAAACCACUAAAAGAUCCUCCUCUUCAAUUGGACUUGAGGCCUGCUCGAUUCAUAAUCCUGAAGCAGAAAUUUCUGGAAUUGCUCUGCUUGCGUGAUGGCGUUCUUGAUGAGAAUUGUGAUACUAUUGAAGAUAAUUGCAAUAGACCUGGGUGUACUCCCGCGAUCGAUCAGGUUUUGGCUUGUCUUAACGAGCUGGAACCCGAAUGUCCAUCACAGGCCGAAUACAACUCUUUGGCACUCCUCCUGACAUUACCACAGCUCGACCGUCACCCCGAUUAUCGCGAUUGGAGUCCUAGUCUUGGUCGCCUUCGUUGCUUUAAGCAGCUCUAUCCCAUACUCACUCCACUGGUGCAGCAAUUGAAUGGCCUCAGCUCCUGUGAGGUCUUGGGGCAAUCAAGAGGAGAUCGUCUACUGCACUUGCUCAUUAAAGGGAUACUCUACGAGGCCUGUGAGGACUUCUGCGCUGCCAUGGCCACCGAAAGUAAUGCUCAAAUGCAGCUUCAUGGUCUGAUUGGUGAUGAACCAAGCGAUGACGAUGUCAGUGUCCCCUCGAUGGAACAGUUAGAAAGAUUCAACCCAAUUUACUCAAUUGAACCCCCCGAUCUGUCGCUGAACGCCUGGCUUCAGUCCCUUCCCGAGUCCGCAUUCAUCCAGCCUUUCGAGUCCUGUCAACUCUCUCUAGCUAUACACCGGCUGCAGAAACCCUCCCAGGAAACGGGUGCGUGGGUUGACCAGAUAUUGCGCGAGCCCAGCGUGAAGCCUCUCGUCUUCCCUUAUACCCAUCUGCCCUCCACCGCCUCCUCCAUCGCAAAUAGCCUCUUUCGCUCUUCAAUCCGACCGACGCUUGCACGAAGCUUUCUACAGGGUGGCCUGGGCAAACCUCGCACCCUUCUCGGAAUGGCUGCCAGCUCCUUGGUCUCUGGUACUGGGGGACAGUUAAUGAGUCAGUCAAUAGGCAGCUACCGUCUGUCCAGCACAGACGGCACAGCAAGGCCGCGCACUGCAACGGGUGCUUACCGCAGUUCAAUGAUGCAGCAGUCCAUUGAUCGCCUCUUUGCCACCCGUGGUUCUGUGGUUCCGAGCAGCUCCGUAUCUGUCGGAGGUGUAGAGAGGACGGCUGAUUGUAUGCUUCGCUCUAUUCCCGAGAGUGGCUGCACCCACACUGACACUGCCUUAGGCAGUGGAAGAGGCAGCAGCAUGACCACAUCAGCCAUCACCGAUCCCGACACUUCCGCCCCCAUUGGGAAUUCGAACUGCGGUCUUUUUCACGAAUUUCAAAAACGCCAAGCUGAACUAUCGACAUCUUUAACUGCGAGACGAUUGUCUAAAGCGCAUCAUGACGAUAGCGGUCCGUCGGCCAUACCGAGUGUAGCGACAGAGACCUCGAAUGUGGGAGUUAGUUAUGAGGGUUACACUGAGAAAGAGAAAAAUGAUGAGCCACCUCCUCAGUACCUCCCCAUCACAGUGCUGGAGGAUACACAGCCCAUUCGGUCGAUCGCUUUCCAUCCGUUGGGCACCUUCUACGCGGUCGGCUCUAAUUCGAAAACUCUUCGUGUUUGUCGGUUUCCUGAUAUUGGCUCUCUUCGGUCGAACCACGAAGCGACGAACCCAGUGAUCGUAAUGCAGCGCCACAAAUACCAUCGUGGUAGUAUCUACUGCUCCUCGUGGAGCAGAGACGGUCGUAUCAUUGCUACGGGUAGCAACGAUACGGCUGUUCAUCUCCUUCGCGUUAAUCCUGACACUGGGACUCUCGUGGAUAAUAACUCCGAAAGCUUCAUUCAACUCACACAUCAUGAUGGAACUGUCCGUGAUGUAGUAUUUAUGAUGACUUCCUACUCAGAGAGUGGUGGGAGUCCAUCGGGUGAUGGACAUUCACUUCUGUUGUCUUCUUCACCGGGCCACCUGCUGACGGCUGGAGCAGGUGAUUGCCGGGUAUACGUGAUUGACGUGGAGCGAGCAGGCAUGCUGGCAUCAGGGACAGCUCUGAGUAGCAGUAGUUGCUUGCGUCUUAAGUCCUCGUCGGCGGCCACGGUGCGCGCUCUCUCUGGCCAUUCGGCUACCGUCUUUGCCCUUGCUGUCUGGGCUCCUGGUUCACUCUUUGUUUCGGCUUCCGCUGAUUCCACUGCUCGGCUUUGGGACAUUCGAGCUUCCGCUCCUGUUCUCAUCAUCCCCUCUUACUCCGGUGCUCAAGGAAGUCCCUUUGCGUCAGUGAGCAUGGAGGCAGGUGGGAAUGUAUUGGCAAGCGGACACGAGGACGCAACCAUCUCCCUCUUUGACGUUCGCGGGGCACGCUACAUCAGCGCCUACCGGCCGCAUUCCAACGAAAUUCGUUCUGUACGAUUUGCUCCUAAUGACUAUUAUCUGCUUUCCUCCAGCUACGACAAACGUGUUGUGGUCACUGACCUUCAUGGUGAUCUCUCCCAACCUCUGGCAUGCGUUCAGGUAGCUCAGCACAAAGACAAAGUGAUUCAGGCGCGUUGGCACCCCGGCCAGCUGUCAUUUGUCACAACUAGCGCUGAUAAAAGUUGCAUAUGUUGGGCACUCCCAUCUGCCUAG